AUGAAAUUCCUAUUAUCAAUGAUCGUUUUAAUCUUUUCCUUGGCAGUUGUACUUGGUCAAGGUGCUUCCAAUCAGAUCCAAUGGAAUUCUGGACAACCACAAAUCAACAUCACUAUACAAGCUGGAGAUAGUGUCACUUGGUCGACGACCGACAAUAGUAACCAUACUGUCACACAUGUCGCAUCUUCAGGAGGCUUGGCUCUCUUUGACGCAACCAUCAAGGGUACAAAUGAAAAUCCAGGUACCUACACCUUCCAAUUCAACACUGAUGGUGUUUACAAUGUAGUCGACUCUAACGACUCUAACCUAAAGUCCACCAUCACCGUUGGAAACAGUACCUCCACUACCACUGGAUCGACCGAACCAUCCACCACUGGAUCAGCUGAACCAUCUACCACUGGAGCCGCUGCCAACACUACCACUACCACUGGUACUCCAAACAACCAAUUGAGCACAACCGGAUCCGAAGCUGCCAGCAAGGAACAUUCUACUACUGGUGCCGCUGUCACUCUUGCCAACAACCAAAUCCUUUCUUUAAUGGUUGUAUUAUUCUCCCUUAUUGCAGUCUUGCUCUAA